UUCAUCAGUACUGAUAUGUUUCAAAGAUUGGAAACGGCUAGAAGGGGACAGUACCGGGCACCACUAGUGGACGGACAACACGUUUAGGGACAAUGGGAUAAAAUCACAAAAGAACCUGAAGGCGUCCCCGUUCACCGCUGUGUGGCUGCAGAUUUCUGCGGGUCUGGAGGAUGAGGAGCGGCGGGGAUGCUGCUGCCUCCGCCGGUGAUCUGUCUCUCGGUUCUCUGGUAGUCUGAAGCACCGAAGCCAUGGCCUCCGACAUUCCCCCAGAGGCCAUCGGCUUCCUGUCGGCGGUGGGCGUCUUCAUCGUGGCGUUGGCCGUCCUCUUCCUCUUCAUCAACAAGAAGCUGUGUUUCUCACGUGUCGGGGGAAUGCCCUGUCUGGAGCAACAUGGCCGCCGGAAGAAAGGUCGAGUGGGGAUCCGCCAGGGGCUCGUGAACAGUUACGGAGAGGACGAUGAUGAAGGCAGCAGCUCGUCUGACAGUGAAGAAGAGGUCCUGAAGCAGUUUGAGAUCUCGGUGUCUCGCUCGCAGAGUUUCCGUGCUCCUGCCGCCUCAAACAGCGGCGAGCAGCAGCAGCAGCAGACCCAGCUGUCAGUCAGCCGCCGACACAAGUUCAGCCGACUGUCGGACCAGGAGGAGGGCAGCACGGAGCCGUCAGACUGUGAAGAAAUGGAGGCUAAGAGCCAGCCGCAGGGUUUCCAGGACCCUCUGUCUGCAGCAUUGGAAGAGACCGAGAGGGUGGCGUCGGCGGCCUCUCUGGACACACCUGCGACCGUCAGGGCAUCGGGCGCCAGGGAUAGUCCCACACUGAGUAUGAACCGGCAGGCUGCAGACGGCAGCGAGGACACGCAGAAGGCCGCAGAUUGCGUCAAAAACGACAUCACUGACAGCUCGUCCACCUGGAGCCCCGAGCCUCCCCAGGGUGAGCCCACGUCUGAGCCGGUCAGCUCAGCUUCCUCUCGCACCCCCAUCUCUAAGUGUGGAGACCUGGUGCUCUCCCUGGAGUACCGCGCCGACAUGGAGAAGCUGCUGGUGUCCGUGAUCGCGGCCCGGGACAUCCCCGACAAGGCCCGCAGCGGCAUGGACUCCUGGCAGGUGCACAUGGUGCUGCUCCCCUCCAAGAAGCAGCGGCACAAGACGACGGUGCAGAAAGGCUCGCUGCCGCACUUCAACGAGACCUUCCGUUUCUCGCGCCUCGAUCCGUCCGAGCUGCAGAUGUCGGCCGUCCGGUUCAGGCUGUACGCGCUCGGAGCUUCACGGAUGUCCCGCGAGAGGAUGAUGGGGGAGAAGGUGCUGCGUUUGGGCGGGAUGAACCCGGACGGGGGGACGAUGGAGACGACGCUGGUGCUGGAGCCUCGCAGUAACCUCAAGAGCUUGGACUCCCAGCAGAGCCUGUCUGCAGUGUCUCACAGCGACAGCGCCUCGUCCACUCAGUCUCUGACCCACGGCGGCGUCCCCGAGCUGCUGGUGGGUCUCACCUACAACGCCACCACGGGACGCAUGUCUGUGGAGCUCAUCAAGGGCAGCCACUUCAGAAACCUGGCCAUCAACAGACCACCAGACACGUAUGGGCGUCUGACCCUGCUGAACUCGGUGGGUCAGGAGAUCUCUCGCUGUAAGACGUCGGUGCGUCGCGGCCAGCCCAACCCCGUCUACAAGGAGACCUUCGUCUUCCAGGUGGCGCUGUUCCAGCUGUCGGACGUCACCCUGCUGGUCUCCAUCUACAACCGGCGCAGCAUGAAGCGCAAGGAGAUGGUGGGCUGGAUCGCUCUGGGCCAGAACAGCAGCGGCGAAGAAGAGCAGCUCCACUGGCAGGACAUGAAGGAGAGUCGAGGACAGCAGGUCUGCCGCUGGCACGUCCUGCUGGAGGCGUAACAUAGAGGGAGUUUAUUACGUUGGAGGAGGAGGGUGGAUAUUUGCAGACAGGACGAUGCAUGUGGCUUUUGGAGGCGAUGGAUCCAAAGACUUUUCUCAGAGCACAUCAACAUCAAACCUGCUUGGGUGUUUGGCGUCGACGUGGAGAACAAAUUCUGCCAUUCUUGAAGGCCGACACGAGAUUAAAGGACGUUAAUAAAGGGUUAGUUUAUUCAGCGUAGUGGAGCACUCACUCUAUUAGUAGUUCUUUGUCAGGUUUAUUAUUUAUAAAAGCUGAAGGUUGUUCUUACAGAAAAGUGAAAAUGUAUUUUACAACGUCGGCCUCCAAGAGGAGCGGAGAAUUUGUCCUUCAUUUCUUUUUAUUCUUUUUUUAGGCAGCUGCUGUUUAGUUUUUCAAUUGAAAUGCCAUGCUAGAAAGUACAAAAAGGUGUGUGUGUGUGGGGGGGGGGCUUGUCAUUUAUAAAUCUUGCUGUUCUUCGACUGGCUGGCAAAUCAAUGGAGAAGCAAACAAAACUGCAGAGCGAGAUAUUCAGGGGGAAGAUGACGCAGACAGGAAACUGAAAGAAGAAGUUAGAUCCAUAAAAGUAAAGCUGUUUACAUAAAAAUGCCAAUCUGACACAUCCAUCUACCCCAUCCUCUUCUGAUUUACUACGUCACACGCCUUCUGAAGCACAUGCUCUUAGUCUAAAACAUGAAAUUACAUAAAAUGACAGUUUUUUUAUACAAUAUUUGGUUUCAAACACACCAAGUUCUAAUAAUCGCACAACAGUCGUAGGUAGAAAUGUCUAUAAUUCGGAGUUUUCUUUUGUGAUUCCCUCAGAAAUGUCUCAAAAUGUGCACUACACAUUGAUGGAAACCAUCACUAGCUUCAGUGUUACCAUCAUACUGAGAGGAGAAACACACGAGGGGGGUAGAAGUGAGAUGUUUUGUGAUUCAAGUGGAGGAUUGCAUAGUCUUGUUCAUAUUCUACUUAAAUAAGCCAAUCAUUGACACAUCCAUCCAACCCUUAACAAUAAUAUGUAGGUGAAAUUGCAUAAUUUGGUUAAACCACACCAACUACGUAUACUUUCAUAGCAAUAGUCGAUAGAAAUGUCCAUAUUUUAGCUAUUGUUUUGCCGAUUUUCUUAAAAUUUCGUACAGAUUUGUACUUUAAUAACUCAAUGAGUGAUAGAUCCAUUUUCCCUGUCCUCCUCCGGUCAUACUGCGUCUACGCUGUGCAAAAUUACACACCAUAACGCAUGAGAUAUCAACAUUUGUUUCAAUCACAAAUAUGCUGAUAUUCGCCGAGCAGAUGUGGGUAGAAAUGUGCACUACAUAUUGAUAAAACCUCACUAGUUUCAUUGUUACCACCAAUGGGUCACAUGACCAUCAAAUACUGAGUGGAGAAACACACGAGGGGGGUAGAAGUGAAGAGGUUUUGUGAUUCAAGUGUCACAGGAAGGCGUUUCAUUCAUAUUCAGCACUCAUUCAUAUUCUCCCGACACGUGUGGCGUACUACGGGCAGGAUGUACCAGCAGCUGGAGACUCUUAACCCCGUCACCAUGAGAGCUAUCUCUUCCCCCGUCGACACUAAAUUAUGUUAUUUGGCCCGGGCUUCAUCUCCUUCACAGGGCAAAGCUCAUUUCAACACCAUCAACGCUGAGCUGAAAAGAGGCUUUAAAAAUAUCUCUCUGCAGCUGUAACAUGCGAUGAAUUACCCUGGAAGUGUGUGUUUUUUCUCCCCAACACACUCGCUUUGUGGUAAUUGGUAGUUACAGCUGUAGAAUUGUACAGUGCGAUGACGGUAAUGCCGCUGCUAAUGCUCAUCCUCUUCCAGGCUGAGCAUCAUUGAGUCAUAAGGCAGCAGUUCAGCCCAGAGGGGGGGAUUAUAUUUGUUUGUGUCGAGAGAUGCUGUAGCUCCAAACCCCUCGGGGAGUGUUUUUUGAGCGCUUGUUUACUUCAGGCAGGUGACAACAUAGCUUGUAAACUGCAAGAAAAAGAUUCAAAAAUACAAAGUUUUAUGGUUUUAAAGAGUCUAAUUACGUUUGGAAAGUGGAGCUUGACAAGCGCACUGAAAUGCUGAUGCUAGUACUAAAGGGUCAGUUCACCCAAAUCACAAAGAAACCCUAUCCCUAGAACACCCCUACAGGCAUUGAGCCAUCCAGAGUUUUUUAUGACAUAAAUACAAUUUAUUUGUGAGCAUAAAACAAGUUUUUUCCACGUUUGCUUAACUCAGACAAAAACAAAGGUAGAAAAUGUUGUUAAUUACAUGUUUCGGGACAUCUAUGAUUUUUGAAUUUGCAUCGUGGUUGAAACUGCAGCCCGUUUCUUCUAAUGGGAAUGAGAUGGGACAUUCUUACGCGUUUGCACCUGUCGGCAACCGUAGAUUUAUACCAAAAUACAAACAGCACACGCCUUCAGACACAGCCACAGAGUAACGUUACCGUACAGUAUGAAAAGCACAAGACCAAAACACCAUGAUGGAAUAUAACAGAACAGGUUAAGACUCAAACCCAGACAAAAGAAGCUCCUGUCACAUGAAUAAUCGGCAGAAUUAUUAAAGCCAAUCAUGCAUUAAACAUGAAAGUAACUCAUUAACUGUGAAAUUAAUCGUCACAGAUACACACCAAUGAUCCACCACAUCAGAACCACUUCUCUCUGUUCAAAUGAGAACACAGUGAUUUAUUUAUUAAUCCAGGGACGUUACCAGCAGUGAAGACUGAAAACAAGGUCGUGGGAUUCAAAGAUGAAUCAUAAGUGGAAGGAGGGCACAAUUAAAUGGACUCUUUCUGUGUAAUCUGAGAAACGCAGGAAGCAAGCUGUAAAUGCUGUGUGUGUUUAGACUGCAGAUAUGUGAUGUCCUUCAGGUAUAAAUGAAGCAGGUGUGAAGAAUAGGAGUGCUGCUCAACGAUCUAUGUUCUGUUGAAUUCAAAAGCAUUUCCUGCGAUGGCUUUGGAACAUAAACACUCAAAGAUGAAAAUGUGGGGAUUUUGGGUUGAAUUUACAGUUAGUCAGGAGUUAGCUGCAGUUAGCAUCUGUUGUGUAAAGAUUUGGGGUUAAAACAACCACUUUGUCAACAUAUUUGUAUCCUUUUAUCACAAAAAAUCGCAAGUUAUAGCACAACAGAACGGCACAAUUUGUUCAUAUUUCAACUAUCAAGCCCCUAAAUGCUGGUGUUGACCCGCGAUCCUACGUGUCAAAUGUCAUUAGACUUAAUAUCAGCACUCCUCUUCCGCAGGCUUCAUAUGUGUGAGUGUGAAAAGUGACAUGAACUAUAUUUACUGCACAAACUGAUUUAUUUUAUGCAUGUCGAGUUGUUGUACAAAGUCUAUAAUAUCUAUUCUAUAUUUUCUAAAAUAGUAAAUGUUUAUUGUUCUUAUUAGUAUUUCCCAGGGUUUCUAUUCGUACAUACAGUAUAUAUCUAUGAACACGUCUGCAUGCUCAGUUUGAGGACGCGGGUUUCAGAUGUUAGACAAUCGGGUUGUGCUGCAGAUGUGAUACUCUGAUGAUGAAGUGCCUGAUGAAACAUAUCCACCAUGAUGACGAGAGAUGAUCCAAAUUUGCAUGAAGCCUUCUUCUCGUUGUUCCCUGUGAAUGCUGCUGUUGGACUGCAUGCAUGAAAGGUGACUACAGGGCCCAAAUGUGGAGACCUGGACCAGGACUGAGGUCCAAGUCAGAUCAGACCCAGGUUCGAAUCCACAACAGGAAGUUAAAACAAAGCCAAAACAAAGACUAGACCAACUGAAUGCUAAAAAUAUCAAACAAAGAAGAUAAUUGUUUUCCCGAAAAUGAAACGAAAUCUAGGAAAUUGAAUCCAAAUAUUUACAAUUUGAAGGAAUGUAUGUGUUAUUUGAUGGCUAAGUUACUUGUAUGAGGAAAACAUUUUAGAAUAACUUGACCUCCUGAAGUUUACUUGGCUUUCUGUAACUGAACGAAUCAGUGUUUACAAAAUAAGUGUCGAGCUUUGGUCAGUAAAGACAUUUCUCAGCCAGGUUUCAUCAUUGUUGCUUCAACUUCUGUCAACUCUCCCAAAUUGCAGAAGUAGUGAAAUUAUUCCAUUUCUUUCUGAUUCCAGCCUCUAAAAUGAGAGGAUUUCCUGCUUUUAUUUGUGAUUUUCAUUAUAAAACUAAUAGGUAUUUGGAAUUUUGGUCGAACAAAACAAGACAUUUAGGAGACAUCCUGAUUGGCUCAGUGACGUUGCUUUAAAAUAAUAAUAAUAAUACUUAUACUGUAUAGUACAUUUAUAGGCGCUCAGUGUCACUCUACAAGAACAUUUCAUACAACAAACAAAGCAAUGAGGAAAAAUAAAACCAAAAACGAAGAAGCUAUUGAACAGAAAGCGUUAUGGACUGCCGGGUUGUAACGUGACACAACAUAUUGAAAAUAAUUGGCAAUUACAGCCUUAAUUAUCACAACUGAAAAAAUUCAGUUAGGUCUUAUAUCUUCAUUGGCUUCAAAACUGGAAGCUGUAGAUGUUCUGUAGAGACGGAAACACUGAUUCUGCAGAGGCUUCGGUCCUGGUCCUGGUCCGGUCUGGUUUGGCCCGUGCAUGCUGAGCCCCUGCAGCACCCAGAAAGCACUUUUUGUACCAAGUUUUGUCGUUGCCAAUAAAACCCAGAAGAUUCCCCGCUGUGGGAACGUCUGCCC